AUGCCCAUGGCUGCGGCCUGGUGCUUCGCCCUUGAAGGAAUGCAAGAGCCCACGGCUGCGGCCUGGGGGAUUGCAUGCGAGACGAAGACAGCCCACGGCUGCGGCCUGGUGCUUUGCUGGCAAGACCAUGGCUGCGGCCUGUUGGACGCUGGCGAAGAGGAGGAGAAGAAGGGCGGCGGCGGCGACGAGGAGGACUCCGACGAGGAUUCGGAUUCCUCGGAGGAAGAGGAGGCCAAGGCUUCCUCCACGGCUGCGGCCGCUUCGGCUGCGGCCAAAGAAGCGGAACUGCGGGCCCAGCUCCUGCAGGAGAAGCGAGACCUUCGAACACCGGCAGAGCCUGCAGGGCCGCCUCCGAAGGCAAAGCUCUCUUCUCGCGAGGAGGUUUGCAGCAAGGAUCGCGACUCGGACCGCGACCGAGGUCGCGAGAAGGGUCGCGACUCGGACCGCGACCGAGGUCGUGACAAGGAUCGCGACCGGGACCGCGACCGAGGUCGUGAGAAGGAUGGUGAAGGGGACCGCGACCGGAACCGCGACCGAGGUCAUGGCAAGGAUCGCGACCGAGGUCAUGGCCAGCAGGAUCGCAAAAAGGAUUGCGACAAGGGUCGCGACGAGGAUCGUGGCAAGCCUUCAGGCGAGGGCGACUCAGGGCAGCCUGAACGAAGGCCAUGCCCUGUGUGUCAGCGGCUUGUGGCUGUGACCGCUGCUUCGUGGGAUCAGCAUCAACGCUCGGUUUACCACCAGGCGGCUCGCUUGAGGAAAGCUGGUUUCUCACCGGAGAGAGCCCAGCAGGAGGCGCAAUCCAUUUCGGACCGCCUCUGGCAAUCCUACUACGGCUCAGCCAAGCGAACUGCGGUUCCGGCUGCAGCUGCAGAGCCCGCCCAGGCUAAGUCUGAGCAGCUGUCCAAAACAGCGCAGCGGAAUGAGAAGCUGUCCAAAACAGCCCAGCGGAAAGCAAGGCAAGCCCGAGCCGACGAGGCCAGGGCCUCAAAAGCUGCGGCUGCUGAGCGGCACAAGAGAAAGAGGUCUCGCUCCCCUGUGGUCGACAGAACGGCAGAGCCGCGACCGCCAGGACCGCCUGGGCCACCUCCGGGCGGCGACCCAGGCGGAUCCGUCGACAAGGGGGCCGUGCUGCAAGGCCUCUUCUCACAAGCCUUGAGUGCUUUGUCGACGAUGUGA